ACCGAUCAAGGCAGACACGCUUUUCGUAAUUUUCUUUUGCCGGCUCUCUGUUUUUUGUUCUUUUUUUUUUAAGUAAAUGUCGUUACGUAAUUUUAUACGUAGUAGUCUCGUAAAUCGCGGGCUUGGAAGCUCCUUCAAGCUUUUCCAGAGCGGAGAACCAUCACGUUGUAACACGUUGAGUGACAGUCUGCGUUAAUUGAUUUCAAUCGCGAUUUAUUAUUAUGAGAACGUGCGCAGAACAGUUUUAUAAAUCAUUUUAUUCCGUUAGACGUUCUCUUUGCUAUUAAUGAAUAUGAUAUUGAAGAUCGGAGCGUUCUAUAUCUCGCCUAUACAAUGCAGCGAUACAACUUCGUGAACUGCAAGCUUAUGUCUUCAACACUCAACGUGUUAAUCGAUCAUUUGUACUCUCUCUCUCUCUCUCUCUCUUCGUCUCUUUCUCUUUUUCUGUUUAUCUCGUCUGUUUUUAACCACAUGUUGCGUAUUCAUUGCGAGACCGGUCGACACACUUCUUGUAAGGUUUUUUAGGCACGCGUUUAGAUAUUUUCAAAGGCAUUUUCGACAUUUUCCUUCCAUAUCAAAUCGCGAAUUGACAAUCUGGAGGAAAGAGACUCCACGACGCAUUACAUGUUCGAUCCGGUUUACCUUGACAUCGACGUUAUCCCGCGUUGCAAUAACGGAAAUAACAAAUGCCGUCACCGACAUUGCGUUUUGCGUAAUCACGCGUAAUCAUUAUCGAGCGUUCCUCUUCUUUCUUUUUUUUAUACGCGUCCUUUUUCCAUUAUCUCAUUUAAUGACCAGUUAAAGAUGAAAGCGUAGGAGAUAGGCCUGACGCUCGUUCGCCACACGUACACGUUCCGCACACCCGCACUGUCCGCAUGUACGAUCGAUAAUAUUUUUGUGUCGACCAUACGUGUCCAGACUCCAACGAGUUUUUCUACGUGUUCGAGAAAAUUGUUAAAUUGCGCUUGCGCUUCCUCUACGAUCAGUCACGAUCGCCCACGUCGUUCGAAGGUGUCGCAUUACCUUACAUAUGAAAUCCAUCCUUGUGCAGCGUGAAAGGAUGUCCUGUCCGCUUUCAUGUUCAUUUUUGUUUGUCACCCGUCUCUCACUCUCGUAGAAUGAAACUUUUACGCGAUUUUUUACGCGUGUAAUGCACUUUUCUCGGAUUUGCGUCCGAUAGAAUUUGCAUCCCGGUCCAUUCCGGUAACUCGUAACUGAUUCACGAGCUUUUCCAUCGUUCCAUCUAGAACGAUUCGCGAAACGUGCAAGAGAUCACGAGGCGAGCCCCAACGAAGAAACGCUCGGCUAGCGCGUACGGUAUCUAAUCCCGGAGAUCUAUUUAAUCGGUGAUUUCGCGGCCGACAAUGACCGCUUCUGUCAAUCAUCCAGGCUGCCUUCGUAAUACCGAUUCAGCCAGGCUCUUCAUCGUGCUUACCGGUGUCCGCUACUUACCUCGGUACAAACGGCCGUUCUUAAUAAGCAGUCGGGCGAGCAUUUACAUUCGCUAAUAAUGGCGAAUAAUACGGGGGAAGUAAUGACUCGUUGAAAAAUUUCGAUCGCGCAAACUGCGAGAAUGUAAAUCUGACCGACUGGUCGCGCUCAUCGCGAACGACGAGUUGCCGUUACUCCGAAACGAAGCAGUUUGCUCGCGAAUUUCUUUCAACAAUCUGACAGCCGGUGUUAGUCUCGUUACUUUCAAGUGGACUCUGCAAACUCGCGGGAACAAACCGCGUGUCUCGACAAGAAUCUACCAGACUUUGGGGACGUUACAUGGUGAGUGACUUGGGACGGAAGUCACACGUGAGCGCAGGUCAGAUUAAGUUACGAAGUUGCGAUAAUUCCAAUGACAAGAAAGGCCAGCGGCUUUAGGGUGACGACGAAAGCUCCUCGAACUUAAAGCGACGCAAAAUUCUGGUAGGUCAUUCCUAAGAUAUCGCCCCUAUCGUUCGUGCUAAUUGCUGCCUUAUCGCGAACCUUGCUCGCCAUUUUCGCUGGCUCGACCCACAUGCCGCAACUUCCUUGAGGAACUUAUCAGCCAGUUUGUCGGGCGAUUUAUCUGGGACUGAGGCUUGGCGACAAUUCGCAGAGGAAUUUGGGACCAGAGCGGGCGACGUCGUGCUUCAACAAGCAAGACAACUGCUUGAACGUGUCAGGCCGUCGAGAAGAAACGAGCGGAAUCGCGUGUAUUACGUGGCGGCACGUCCGCUCCCGCGUAGGUCGAGUUUCGUUCAUUACGAUUCGCAUAACUGCUCGCUCGCUAGUCAAAGCGGACACGCGCGUGAGUCACGCGGCGAGCGCACGGACUGUGUGGCUCGUUGUACGAGACAACAACGCAGCUCGUCAAUUAGCGCAGAAAUCGAGUAUUCUCUAAAGGGCAGCUCGGUGAAUUGUUCUCAAGCGAGGUGCAGGAAUUCGAAUUAAAGCAAACACACGUGCAGUGAGGAAAGCUUGGACUUAAUGGGGCAAUAUAAACCUGAAAUAUUCUGCUAGAAGGUGGGGUCGCGUCUGGGGAUGCGGAGGGAUCCAUGCGCCGCAUGCGGGUUGCCAGUCUUCCUGGCGGAGAAGCUGAUGAUAGCGCGCGCCCCUUAUCAUCGUACCUGCUUCCGAUGUGCUCGCUGCAGCAACCAGCUGACGCCGGGCAAUUAUUACGAGACCGAGGAAGGCCAGUACUGUUGCGAGACGUGUCCGGACGAGGAGGAGUCUGCCAGCGUACGUCACAAGUACACCGAGCCGACAGUCCUGUUGUCCGGCACGAAAUGGGAGAAAGACGAGUCAUCGAGGCCUUUUUGUGACGAAGAGAAGACAGAGAGGAAGAACUUAUUGGAGAACGCUGACGUACCCGAUCUUAUCUCCCAUACGUCGCAAAUGCGAAAGAGCUUCAUGGCCAGCCACCUUCUCUCCGAGAAGAUCGACGGAGAGGAGUCCGUUGUGAAAAACACGAAGGACGUCAAGGUCGAUUAUCGCAAGGAAGCAGAAAGCAGAAUCGACUCGGCAUUCCCAGACGACGACGAGAACGAGGAGGUAGACGAUGAGGUGGAAGAGGAAUCUCGCAGCUCCGCGACAGAUUCCGUCGACGUUGGAGACGCCAGCGUCGAGCGACACGAUGUACAUAGCGCGUUAAAUAGCUUAAACAUUAAGAGCGACGUGGAUCAGCGAUCGACUGCCAUUUCAUUUCGUGCGGACAAGAACAGAAGAUGGGAGAAUACCAAAGAAUCGCCAGGACGCACUGGCGAGCAAACCAAUCCUGAAGCGAGAUUAUCCCUGAUUCAGAGAAGACUCCAAAUGUUCGAAACUCCGGACAAGAGAGGAAAGUUUCCGGACCACACUGAGAGGAAAGUUUCAAGUAAUACGGAGAGAUCAACAAUUCAGGAGACACAGGAGGAACUGUGCGACACCUGGGAUCUGGCAACAGACGAAAACGAACAUUCGGAAAAGAGUCUUGAGGACAACUCGGUGACUAAAAAUAUAGAUAAGCGUAAAGAUAAAUUUGAGAACGUCAAACAGCGAAAAGAAGAAGAAGAAGAAUUAAAACUCACAAGCAUUGAAAGAAAAGCUAAGGAAAGUUUCUCGAAAAAUGUCGCGUGGAUGAAUAAUGAAGAACGCCUUAAUGUACAGCUUGACGAAAACUCGACAGCCAGUACCGAGAUACAAAAGGAUAGCUUUGUAAAGAUUGAGAACGAACGAAGAAAAGCUAAUGAGGUGGAUGAGGAACAUGUGGGAAGUAGCAUAUUGACCGCGAAAGGUAUAGACUUGAGCGACGAUUAUCCGGAACAUCUGAAUCCUUUCAACAGCGACGACGAGGAUAGUGUCGUAGAAGACAAACUGCAGACUCCGAUGGAGAUCUCUAGGAGUAGUAAAGUUUCGACCAAUCCGUUCGACAGUGAAGACGAGGACAUUGAACAGCCGGAACCACCGAAACCAGCAGUUAGAAGUAGAUUUGAAAAUCGGGAAACCGUAACGCCUGUAGCCAAGCGAGUUCUCGCCGCGCCGCAAAUUAAUCUCAAUCCAUUCUGGAGCGACGAAGAGGAGGAGCGUGACAGCGAGGAGGAGGAACGCGGCAGAACGCCACAAGGAAACGUACCUGUCCCGAAACCACGCACUAUCAAGACUACUCCUGACGUAAGCGCCGCAUCGCGAAGAGUCGAUCUAAGUCGUGGAAGUAUAUAUGCAUCCAACAGCUCUUUAACCAGCUCUGAAUCGACGACUACAACUCCUGGUGGAACAUACAGGAAGAAAAAGCCCGCGCCACAACCGCCAGCUACGAAGGAACUAUUUCCGUCCGAUCAGCGCGAGUCGUCCGUAUCCAAGUACAACAGCACACCGCCCAUGUAUCAAAUCUCAUCACCUCGUACAACACCGCGAGCGCGGAAAGCCAAACCGGCUCCUCCACCGCCAAUGCCCACCAGCACACCGUGCAACGUACCGAUCGGCAGCGCGUUAAGUCUCGAUGAAUCUCCUAUAAUCGAGCUUCGUCGCACCGAUGACGAUCACGGUCUGAAUAUGUGGGAAGAUCAGAAAACCAACAAGGAUGAGGCGAAUCGAAAUAGGCAGAGCUUGAGUAACGUCUCGGGCGUUGACGAGCUUUCUUACAAAGCUUACGCCGACAAAAGCGUUCAAGGAAAAUGGAAGAGAAAGAAGGGUCCCGCCCCACCGCGGCCAAUCCCACAUAGGAGAAAGAUCAAGGUGAUAUCUAUGAAGGAUGUGAAGCUGGAAUUAGACGAAAUAGAAUUGCAACAGCAAGGUUUGGAGCGGCAAGGUGUACGGCUAGAACAGCUGAUACGGGACAAAUGUGAAUCCGAGUCUAGAAUAGACGAUUCGUCGCUCGGUGCAGAUGUGGAGGAAUUGGUUUUAGAGUUGUUCACAUUGGUGAACGAGAAGAACGAACUGUUUAGGAGGCAGGCUGAAUUAAUGUUAUUACGAAGGCAACAAAGAUUAGAAGAAGAACAUGCCGAAGUGGAAUAUCAAAUACGAUGUCUCAUGUGCCAACCGGAAGCUACGAAAACGGAUUUUGACAAACAGAAGGAAGAAGCAUUGAUACAGAGAUUAGUAGAAAUCGUAGAGAGACGAAACGAAAUCGUUGAAUGCUUGGAAAUGGACCGUCGGAGAGAAGUAGAAGAAGAUAAGAGUAUAAAUAAACAUAUGGGUUUGUUCGUUGCAAGAAACAAGAAUGAGUUGUCCGAUAAGGAUAAUGAUAGUUGUGACACAGGAAAAAUGAAAAAAGGUAAAGUGAAGGAGAAAUUGAAGGAAAAGAGAUCGAAAAAGGCUGCGAAAAAGGAUGCCGAUAAAGAUGUUGAUGAAGCUGAAGUGAAACAAAAACGCCAUAACAAGCGAAAAUGGUUUUGAAUUGUGCGACAAUGUUAAUAUAGUUGACGGUUGUAAUAGACACAUAUACAGAAAAUAUUUCAUAUUUAAUAGUUUUAUACAUAUUUUUAAUACUGUUAUUUAUACAUAUAGAAAUUUAUGCUAAGGUUAUUAAUAAAAUCACUCGUGUUUAAUUUGACUUUCUA